UCCUUCUUGUACGACUGAAUUUUUUAGGGACUGCUAAAAAAAAUACAAAAACAAAAAUGACGAUUAAAUUAAUUCGUGACCAUGGACAGCAUUAUAGACCUCGAAUGUCCUGUCUGAAAAAGCUCGAGGUCUUGGUGCUGGCAAUGCAGGACUCAAAAUCUGGUGUAAAAUCAUGUGAGCAGAAAUUAAACGUCACUUCUAUUCCACACGUUAUCGCAGGACAGGACAUUCUUGUGUGGAUUGCCAGUCAUAUGAAGGUUGAUAGUCAAGAGGCACGGACAAUUGGCACCAUGUUAGUUGCUUUUGGCUUCAUCUACCCACUACAAGACCACAAAAGACUCAUCCUCAAGCCAGAUGGUAGUCUCUAUCGCUUUCAGACACCAUACUUCUGGCCUGUGCAGAAUUGGAAGGCAGAAGACACAGAUUAUGCAAUUUAUCUGGUGAAAAGAAACAGCCGAAAGAAGGGGACACUUGAUGACUAUGAACAGGAGAACUACAACAACCUUCACAAAUGGCUCCACCACAAAUGGGAUUUUAUUGUGAUGCAAGCCAAAGAGCAAUUCAGUGCUGGGAAGGGGAGGGACAAAUCAGACCGGGUUGUGUUCGAUUGUCAGGAAAGGGCUUACUGGAUAGUACACAGACCUCCACCUCAAACUCACAGUGCCAUGGACUACGGCAUGGAUCGGCUCAUUGAUCCUAACACUGAAGAGAAAAAAACCUUUGACUACUAUAGAAGAAUUAUCAUCUACAUGCAGCAGGUCAUCAUGAGACCAAGGGUCAAAUCUUCAGUGUCUCUGGGAGCCCUUGUGAAACACAUGACAACAUAUCAGGACCACGAUCCGUUUCUCAAACCGUGUGUUCCCAGCAACCCCUGGCAGACUGAUGAUGUCACAUACUGGGAUCUGAACAUGAGAAAUGUAGAAAUCCCUACGAAGUUGAGAGUCGAGCGCUGGUCCUUCAGAUUUUAUGAGUUACUCAACGAUCCACGCGGCCGUGCCGACUUCAAACUCUUCCUGAAGAAGGAAUUCAGUGGUGAGAAUUUGGCUUUUUGGGAGGCUGCUGAGGAGAUGAAGUGGGGAGCGGCAUCAUCCAUGUCUGAGAAAGCCGAGACCAUUUUUAAGACUUUUUUAGCUCCAGGAGCUCCACGCUGGAUUAACAUUGAUGGUCGAACGAUGGGGCUAACAGUGAAGGGUUUGGAACAUCCACACCGCUAUGUCCUGGACGCAGCUCAAACACACAUCUUCAUGCUGAUGAAGAAGGACACAUUUUAUCGCUAUCUGAAGUCACCAGUCUACAAGGACAUUCAGAAAAAUGGCAUCUCUCCUGUGCCACAUAACUUCACUGAUGCUCAACUGGAGCAAAAUGCUAGAAACCGCAAACCUGGCAUUGACCCCAUCAUCGUGUGGCAGCAGGAACAAGAGGAAAAAGCCAAAGCGGCUGCAGCAGCUGGACCGAUUGAUAUUAAAAAACUGAUGGCCAGCAAACUGGACCGCAAGUGAUGGAGGUUAAUGGAUUGAUUGAUUGAUUGACUGGUCAAAAGUGCUUAUAUACAUAUAAAUAUGAAUCUUAUUAUAUGUUGUAUGCUCAGCUAUAUUAGAUCUAAAUAGUAAAACUGUGAUAGUAUUUAGAGAAAGUACAUAAUUCAUGCAAUUCUGCUUAAAGUAUUAUUCAUGCAAUUUUGCUUAGAGUAUUAGAGCAUUGCUUUUUUAAUAAUAUCCUCUUUUUGAUGUUAGAUUGAUUAGUAGGAUUACUUUUACUUACUAUUCAUACACACAAAAAUCUGCACCACAUCCUCCAUUAGCUGGAGAAUCCUUGGUAUCUUUCAACAAAAUGUUCAUAACCUUAUAAAUAAUAAUGUUUAUAGUUAUAUUUAUUCUAUGUGAAUUUGAUUACUAUUAUAUUUUCAGUUAUUUCCCUGUGCCUCAGGGGUUCCCUCCUCAGUUCAAAGACAUCUCUGUAGGCUGUUUUGCAUCUCUAAAUUGUCCAUAGUGUAUGAAUAGGGUGUGAGUGUGCGUUUGUGCCCUGCCCUUUUGUCUAGGAUGUACCCUGCCUUGUGCCCCGAGUCUCCUGGGACAGGCUCCAGGUUCCCUGUUACCCAGUAGGAUAAACAUGCAGAGAAUGGAUGGAUGGAUGGACAUAUAACAACAAAAUAUUAACAGAAAGCAGCUGUAUAGAAAUGUUUAGUUGUGCUUGCUGGUGUUGAUGGCAGUGGAGAUGCUUUCUGCAACUGUCCUGAGCACUUAGUGCCUGCAGUAAAUGUUCUUCCUGGGGCCUCAUUAUGGCCCCACACAUGGAGAUUUGGUGUAUUUGGCAGUCCUGGAUCAAGAACGCUGUACUGAGGUCUCUACAUAUCUGUCACACGUCUGUUCAGGUGAUACUGACUUCCUUUUCUGAACUAAACUCCACCUAUGCUUGCUCUGGGUCUUGUGUUAUUGGGUUUAAGGGCACUUUCUGUCCAUGCCUCUGCUGACUCAGACUUUACAAGAAGCCGCCUUUAUUAGUUUUAUCUGUAUUUUAUCUGUCAGCCUGUAUUUCAGCAAAGUAAAAAAUACUUUUCUUCACAUACCCCAGCUUAGGAGUUUGGGGUCAGAGCAUAGGGUCAGACAUUAUACAGCAUCCCUGGAGCAAAGUGUACUCAAGCGUCCAACAGUGGCAGCUCAGCAAUUCUGGGGUUUAAACCACCAACCUUCCAGUCACCAACCCAGAACCUUAACCAUUACCAAUCCACCAUUACCAAGACUUGCUGGGGGCCCCCCACUUCCUGCUUGCCAGGAUCUCUAUUGAUUAGCAGUCACUGACUAACAACUAACACUGGUCAUAACUACCAACUAAUUUGUCCAGUCCUGGCAAGUACUAACUUUUUAAAAAAUUAUGCCACUGAUCCAAGGUUCCCAGAAUUGACCCUGAGAUCAAGGUUACUAUGAGGAAUUCUGCAUGUUCUCCUAAUGUGUGGGUUUCCUCCAGGUUGUUCAGUUUUUUUCUCAUUCUCAGGUACCUUUUUUAAAAACUUGUCUAGACUUAUUUUGCCCUUAGGUGUGAAUGAGUGUGAAUGUGUGUGCAUCCUGGCCUGUGAUGGACCGGUAUCCUGGUACCUAGGGGAAGCUGCAUUCCCACCAGCGUUUCUGGGAAAGUCUACAGAUCCACAAUGACACAGUUAUGUGAUAAGCAAUGAGGAUUUAAUCCUGAAAAUGCACACAAAUAUAGUUUUCUCUUAUAGACAGAGUGUGUAGUGGAUGUGUGGAAGGUUUUAACAACAGCAUUCAGCUUAAAACAGUGAUAGCUGUAGGUCAUUUCUCAUAUUCAUUAUUUCCUAUUUUUAUGUCUUGUUCUUAAUGUUUUCAUUCUCAUUAUUGUCUGCCUGUGAGAUGAGUGAAGUUCUGUAAAGCUGUAGGAAACUGCAUUACAGUUCUCUGCCUUUAUUUUGUGCAUCAUUUCUUUAUAUCUGUACACUGUUGAGGAGAAUUAGUUGUGAACUAAAUGAAGUGACAAAGAAAAAAAAAGAUCUACAUUGAACUAAUAUGAAGCAUCCUGAUGUGUGUUUAAACUUCCUUCAGCUGAGGUAUUUGUUUUUCUUACAUCAUAACUGAAUAAUUCGUCUUAUUCUUCAGAAUUUAGGGGGUUGUGUUGGCUCACUUUCUUUAUUUGUCAUAUUCAUAUUUUAUAUUCAUGCCAGUAAUAUAAAAUGACUUCUUUUCAAAAUGAUCUCGAUUGUAUCUCUAGCGAAUUAGUAAGAGGACGUGUACUUGAAUAAAGACGUUAAAGUCUCUCUGGAUGAAGGAGUCUGCUGUAA